UAUCUUUUGCUGUCAAACAACAAAAGACUAGAAAAGUGUUUAAUACUGAAAAACGUAAAACAACAAAAAAUUAAAUGUGUGGCAAUAGAUUUAUUUAAUUCCAUUGAGAACAUAGAAAUCAACAACUUACAAAAUACAGAAAGUGUAAUCAGAAAAUUAGUCUUAGUUUCCUUCGCAAUCAACAAAACGGCUAAAGCUGAUUUGGAGUCGAGUAAACCUCUGGGAUUGUGCGUGACGUCUGUUGCUUUUGCUGCCUAGGCAAAAUAAAAGGUGACAAAUGGCCGGGUCUGCACUAAGAAGGCUUAUGGCGGAAUAUAAACAGUUGACUCUGGACCCACCGGAGGGCAUCGUGGCUGGACCUGUAAGUGAGGAUAACUUCUUCGAAUGGGAAGCACUGAUAGCCGGUCCAGAGGGCACAUGUUUCGAAGGUGGCGUUUUUCCAGCUCGUCUCAUAUUCCCGCCAGACUAUCCGUUGAGCCCACCAAAAAUGAAAUUCACAUGUGACAUGUUCCAUCCAAACAUAUUUGCUGAUGGACGAGUUUGCAUAUCAAUAUUGCAUGCGCCUGGUGAUGAUCCUAUGGGUUAUGAGUUAUCCGCUGAACGGUGGAGCCCUGUGCAAAGUGUAGAAAAAAUUCUACUGAGCGUUGUUUCGAUGUUGGCUGAGCCUAAUGCCGAAUCAGGUGCUAAUGUGGAUGCAGCUAUCAUGUGGCGUGAACGACGUGAAGAGUUCAACGAAAUUGCCAAACGUUUAGUACGUAAAACGCUCGGUAUACCAACAUAAAACAGCCACUAUAAUAACUACGGCCGAAACGAUGACGAUAAAUAUGACACUGUUUUACUACUUCUUAUACAUCGUGAACAAGAGGUAGUAUUACAAACAGUCGUCUACGAUAUCUUCAUACACAUACACACACGCAACAAAAUCAGUUAACAACAUCGAGCGAAAAAUUGAAUUGAACAAAGCUUCAACAAAACGCAUGCCUCAAAAGCAUAUAUUUGAUUAAAGUCUUGAAAUACAUAUAAAUAUGUAUAAAUAUAUAUAUUCAUACCUAUAUUAUGCUCGCAAAUCGGUUUAUUGAAUACAGUUUUCUAUGCUCUUAACAUUUAAAAAUUAAAAAAAAUCUCCCUUUCGCACUUACACUGAAUUGUAUUUUUAUGUCGGUUGCAUUUUGUAAACGCCAGAGAAUUGCUACUAUUUUAUAUGUUGCAUACUUACAUACUCUUAUAUACCCACAAACAAUAGUAAAAUUAAUAAGUAUAUAACACAAUAGAAAAAUCUGAAUUAUAUAAAGUAAAAUAUGUAAAUGUUUAAAUUUAGAUUAAUACAAUAAAGCAUUAAAAGUAACAAAAUUGUAGCAAAUUUGCUAAUUGAGAAAUUUAUAUGCUUUGUGAUGUCUAUAAAAUUAUAACAAAAUUUGUUUACAAUAAUAAUCCUAUGCUUAGGCUAAACUGUAGAUAAAAGUAUAACACUAUACACUUUCACUUGCGCUAUAUUUGCUUUCACAUUUAGGAAAAGUCUAAUUUUUUGCAAUUGUUUUUAUAUUUCAACUCGGUAUUUCUUUUGAUUAAGGAAAUGAGAAACUGUAAAUGUAAAACAAAAAAAACUUAUUUUUGUGUACCUUAUUUUUUCAACUACGACAUUAAAGCAUAGUAAAUAAACAAUUCU